CACUCACAACUUGAUUCCACUUUUCACUUUGCACAAUGUUUGGAAAUCAAAUGUUUUCGAGAACAUGUAGUUCAAGACCCGCUGUUGCAAUUUAUCAAAAUUUAUUCGCGUCGAAACCUUCUAUCAGAAACAGGAUUAAGGUAGAAAACUUCAAAUCGUAUGAGAUUCUUGGAAAGAUCAAGCAGUUCAUAUUUCGAGAACACGGUGGUGAAAAAGGUUUGGGUCCCAUUCCCCACAUUGACGAGAGUGCUAAAGAGGGGACAUACAAAAAUCCGGAAUACUUCUCCUAUCACAACUACACUUAUUAUGAUUUCAUAAUAUCACACAAUUGUUGCCAAUUGCCACAAUCCAGUGCUAUCCCGGGAGCAGAGCAAACUGAUCAACCAAAAUGCCCGAAAACUAAGUACAAGGAGGACAUUGAGUCUGCAGUAAUAUGCCCACCACCGAGCUGCACCCCAGUUUGUGUGAUGCUGGAAGCGCCCGGACAGGGCACGGUUACACCUGUCGAUUGCCGAAACGAUGAAAGUGAAAAUGAAAACCAGAAGGUGGAAACGCGUUCAUCUAUUGAGCAGCCGAAAACAUGCAAUGGGGAAAGUCCCAGUUCAGAUUCUGCUCAGGUGUUGCCAGUGGCCGAGAAAGAUACCCCGAAAUAA